UGCUAUAGAUAUACAAAUAGUUCAAGGGGCGUGCGAGUUUUCCGUCGUAGCAAAAGGUUAUGAAGAGACGAAACUUCUUGUGGAUUAUUUACGAUCUGACGGAUGUUAUAAAUUUUUGAGUGUGUUUUAAAAAUACUGCUCUUGUGAUGCCUUCUGCCAGGGACCCAGAAACACUUUUCGCACUCAGUCAAAAAGUAAUUGUUGAUUUCUUGACAUUACCUUGGCGAAGUAGAAACCAGUUCACAUUCGAAAUUUCGAACCGAAUCAAUUCUAUUUUAUCAUGUAUACCGGCAUCUUUAAUAGAUUCCGUCGUAUCUGGUGUGAUAGAAGAAUUCUCGCGACUUAAAACUGUAACAGAAGGAGGCGCUGCCGAACUUUUACUGAAAGCUGUGGCCGUACCACAGUUGCAAGUGUUGGACUGCCGGACGCUUGUCAAGCUUGGAUACGUUUCAGAUGAAGUACGACAUGGUUUUCAGUAUACUAUAGCAGGUUUGAUUCCGUCAUUGCGCAAUUUAGUGCAGUUGUCGUUUUCAACUCACAAGAAUGAAUUCACACUUCCAGUUUGUGAUGAUGAAGUGCUAUGGAACAUAGGCUGUAAUUGCCCUCAUCUGAAGUCUUUAAACUUUAGAUGUUGUAAUCACGUUACAGAUGAGGGAUUAAAGUGUUUAAUACCUGGGUUCUCUGAUAGUACAGGCUGUAAACAUCUCGAAGAAUUAUACGUGUUCGAAAGCUCUGUUACUGAAAAAGGUGUUACUCUCGCACUGGAACAUCUAAAAAAGUUACGAAUAGUCGAUUUCAGAGAACUGUGCACUUCGCUGAUACUUCUGUACAAUAAGUGUAUGACGAAUGGUUCACGCUUGUUGGAGGAUGGACUAAAAAUAACGCAUAUAAAUAAUUUGGGUGUCUGCCGACCAGCACAAAAACUACAGUUCGACCAGAAGAUUGUUAGAAUUUGUCAGAUUUUAUGCCCCAACUUGAGAAAUCUCAAAGUCAGGGUAACUGAUUUUGAUGUUGCACAUUUAAAAAAACUUCCAUCAUUGACAGCUGUAGAAUUCGUCUAUAAUAUUGGUAGGCCGCUGUCUCCUGGUGAAGGGACAGUAAACUUCCUGACACAGUAUGGCCAUCAAUUGAGUGCUCUAACAAUAAUAUGCAAUUUAUUUGCAGUAGAACUGUUUGUCACUAUAGGUGACAACUGCCCAAACUUAAAAGAGUUAUGGAUCAAAUGUAAUGAACUAUUAUGCAACCCUGAGUGGGUUGCUCCUGUUUCACAAAGAAUAGUGUACACCCAUCUAGAGUCUUUGUAUGUGAGAAUUGGGGAAACUGAGGAUUCGGAGUGCUUUUUACCAGCAGAGGUGUUGGUAUAUAUUUUGAGAUGUAGUUGGGGCUUGAAAUCUCUGCAGCUGAUUUUUAGAAGUGUGUCAGUGGCAGAUACUUGGUUUGAUUCCAUACUGAUGGAGAUAAACACUGGAUCAUUGGAAAAAAUAUUUAUAGCGAUUCCUGGCAGUAACUGCAAUUAUUCUGCUGUUAUGUUGUCGAUGGAAACUGUUGAGAGUAUUAUGAUACACUGUCCAAAACUGAAAGUGUUGGGAAAUUUGUUGGUAUGGAAUGUUACUCGUACACAGGUUAAGGAAUUGAGAGACUGGAUUACUGCCAGAAAUUUAGAUGUGAUAAUUGUAUACAGAUUCAUGAAAAUUAAGUAAUUUCAUUGCCUGUAGCCUUCUAAUUGAACAUUUUUUAAAAUGUAGGUUAUUGAUGUGGACAAAUGAAAGUUAAGCAGUAACUGAAGAUUGGAAUUUGAGAAUUUCAUUAUUGUUUUUAUGAAGGACUAAGUAAUUGCCGUUUGCACAGUGGCAACUGACUCAUUCCAGUGCCUUACCCUGCUUUGUUUCUAAGAUUUUUUUAGGGUGUAAGAAACUGAGGUUUUGUAGUGUUUUAGACCUGUUGCAAAUAGAAUUUCACAAAUGUGUAUUGAAAUUUUUGCAUUUAUUGUUGAUUUUUUUAAAAAUCAUGUACUUUGGUAAAUGGUUAGACACAACUGGUUGCAUUUGACAGAGCAUAUUGUGUAACAAAUGCUUAUAAGUACUUAUCUAUAUUUUCAUGUGUGUUGUGUAAUUUGCAUUUCCUUUUGUGCUGAUAAAAUCAUCUAGCAAUUUUAAUGGCACUAACAAUGAAAUCAUUAAAACAUUAGUUUAUUGCUCAUCUCGAAGAGAUAAGAUCUUCUAUGAAUCACCAUUUCUUUAAUUCUGCAGAUAGUGCAUUGAUUUCAAUUACCAUUUUUUAUUUAACUACUUUCAUUUUUUGUUCACAGAUAAUUUUGGAAUAGUUUUUCUGCAGUCUGUGUUCCAGUAACACACUGUGUUUCAUGAUAAUGAUAUCAUAUAACUGUGUAAACUUGUUUUGUUUUCUUAUAUUCUUCAUUAACUAUAUUCAGUUCGGUUAGACAUUGAUCUCAUUAGUCUUUAAGUAGACGAUGUAAGGAUGUCAAUCGCUUUACUCUUAAAUUUGUGAAACACUGGUUCUGUCUGAAUAGAAGCUUAAUGGUGCUGCUUUGCCAUCAAGUUUCCAUUGUUAGUACAGCCAAUAAGUAAAAGCUCAUUUACUUGCUCUUUUUAAUUUUAAAAUCACUCAUGGAAAAGUACUUUUAGGUAAAUUUUAUUACAAAAAUUGUGUUAUAUAAAUAAAUCUAGAAUUUUUUAACAUCAAAA